AUGGCCAAACCCGGGAGUGACCGUGAUGGAGCCAUGGUGGACAAGCCGUCUGCGGGCAAGAAGAGCAAAGACAAGCUGUCCCCUUUCACAAAGACUCCGAAGUUGGACCGGAGUGAGAUACUGGGGAAGGAGGCAAAGGCCAAGUCCUCUAUGAAACGCAAACUGUCGUUCAGCUCCAGUCCGCCCCCCUCCGAGCCCCGCGCCGAUCCCAGAGGAGAGGAGCGAGACUCGGACACAGACAAAGAUGGACCUGAUAAGAAGCGUCUGAAGAAGGAGUCUGGAGGAAGAAAGUCGCAGUCGUCAAAUCUACUGUUUGGAUAUCCGCUGUCAGAGAGGAAGCAGAUGGCUCUCCUCAUGCAGAUGACUGCCAAUAGCCCAGACUCGACGCCCAGCCACCCCUCACAGACCCCUCCGGUGCAGAAGAAGGUACCCUUGUCGCGGCAGAAGGACAAAGUGAACAAGAGGAACGAGCGUGGGGAGACGCCGCUGCACAUGGCGGCCAUCAGGGGAGAUGCCAAACAAGUCAAAGAGCUCAUCAGCCUUGGGGCCGAUGUCAACGUCAAGGACUUUGCAGGCUGGACCCCUCUGCACGAGGCCUGUAAUUUGGGGUAUUACGACGUAGCCAAAGUCCUGAUCGCGGCCGGAGCAGAAGUCAACACUCAGGGGUUGGAUGAUGACACGCCUCUGCAUGACGCCUCCAGCAGCGGACACAAGGACAUCGUGAAGCUGCUGCUGCGUCAUGGUGGAAAUGCGUUUCAGGCUAACAAAUGCGGCGAGCGGCCAGUGGACGUGGCAGACUCACAGGAGCUGGAGCAGCUACUGAAGGGAGAGUUGCCCCUGUCUGAGCCCGAUGAAAGCUCCUCAGAUUCUGAGGACCCUCCGUCUGUGAUCCCCUCGAGCAUCGACGACAACAUGGACGACUCUGACACGGAGAAGGACUUAGACGGAAAACCCAAGUCCUCAAACUCCAACGUCCCAGGACUCGACGAGUAUGAAUUCAAGGAUGAGGAGGAGGAGGAGGACCUGAGCAAAGCGCUGAACGAACGCCACAUACUGCGGCGUGAGCUCCGGCAACGCGAGAAGGAGGAUAAGGAGAGGAACCAUGUAAAACCGGGAGGAAAAGGUGACAAACCCAAAAAGCAAAAGUCGUCCCAUGCACACUGCAGUUCGGACACAUCCAGUGACGAAAUGGAGAGUCUUCCCGAUAAAAGAAACUCACCCACAUGCUCGCAAAACUCGGACACUCACAAGAAGAAUUUCUUCAAAAGCGACGACACAGAGGACGCAAUCAAAAAGGAAGGCGAGGAGCUGAAAAUUGCAGACUUGCCGUUGAUGAGAGAGGAGCGAAAGCAUUCGUCAAGCAAAGAAAAGAGGUCCAAAGAGGAAAAAGAGAGGAAAAAGGAGCGGAAAGAAGAGAAAUUUGAUGGGCAUAGUUCAGCGAGGACUUUGGAUGAAUCGAUCUUGAAAGAAGAGAUUGAGGAGAAAGCUGUGACUGCAGAUUUAGAGCAGCUCGACGCUUCGGAAAAGCGUGAGAAAUCAGACAAGAAAAUUGUAAUGAAAGAAGAUUCCAGCAGGACAAAAUCACGAAGCUCUGAUGAAGAAAUUGACCUCAAUGUCCAACAUCCGCGUAAGAGAAAAAUGCCCAAAAUGCCGACGUCACAUUCUGGCAACCCGCAUGACAAGGAGCAGGGGCAGCAGUCUUUGGCGGCCAUUGUGGAUGCGGUGAAGCUGGAGGAGAUUGAGCCCUAUCAAACGGAGCGCGCAAAUCCGUACUACGAAUUUCUACACAUCAGGAGGAAGAUUGAGGAGAAGCGUAAAGUGUUGUGCAGCGUGAUUCCGCAGCCGCCGCAGUAUUACGAUGAGUAUGUGACAUUCAAUGGGUCCUACCUCCUCGAUGGGAAUCCUCUCAGCAAGCUCUGCAUUCCCACUAUAACUCCGCCUCCAUCGUUACCAGAACAACUGAAAGAGAUGUUCAAACAGCAGGAGGUGGUGCGCAUGAAGCUCCGCCUGCAGCACAGCAUAGAAAGGGAAAAGCUGAUAGUUUCAAAUGAGCAGGAAGUCCUCAGAGUCCACUACCGAGCGGCACGGACACUGGCCAAUCAGACGCUCCCGUUUAGCGCCUGCACAGUCCUAUUGGACGCCGAGGUUUACAACAUGCCCCAAGAUGUCCAGGUUUGUGCAAAUAGUGACGAUGGAAAGACAUCUGUAAGAGACAGAUUCAAUGCUCGGCAGUUCAUGUCGUGGCUGCAGGACGUGGACGACAAGUUUGAUAAACUGAAGACGUGUUUACUAAUGCGGCAGCAGCACGAGGCUGCUGCUCUGAACGCUGUGCAGAGACUAGAGUGGCAGCUCAAACUGCAGGAGCUCGAUCCGGCUAUGUACAAGUCCACCAGCAUCUUUGAGAUUCCAGAGUUCUACAUCCCUCUGGUGGAGGUGAACGAUGACUUCGACCUGACGCCCAUCUGA